GGCGGCGCGGCGGAGGGGGCUGCGUGUUUCCGGAAGACGUGGCUGUUGCCGCCGCCGCCGCCGCUGCUGUACCCCGCGCCCGGCCCCGCCACCGCCACCAUGAUCUCCCUCUCAGACACACAGAAGAUUGGAAUGGGACUAACAGGCUUUGGAGUGUUUUUCCUUUUCUUUGGAAUGAUACUCUUCUUUGACAAAGCUCUUUUGGCUAUUGGAAAUGUUUUAUUUGUGGCUGGCUUGUCUUUUGUUAUUGGUUUAGAAAGAACAUUUCGAUUCUUCUUUCAAAAACACAAAAUGAAAGCAACAGGCUUUUUCCUGGGUGGUGUGCUAAUAGUUCUCAUUGGUUGGCCUUUAAUUGGAAUGAUUCUUGAAAUCUAUGGGUUCUUCCUAUUAUUCAGGGGGUUCUUUCCUGUGGUGGUUGGAUUUAUUAGAAGAGUUCCAGUUCUUGGGUAUCUCUUGAAUUUACCUGGUAUAAGCUCGCUUGUAGAUAAAGUUGGAGAAAGCAACAACAUGGUAUAAUGACAAGAGGGCCGAAGACUGAUUCUAAUCUUACUGUAUUAUUUAUAAAAUCCUUUUGAAGAAUACUCAGCACAAAGAUUAAGUUGUGUACAAAGGAAAAGCUUGUUACAUUCUUUACAUAACAGUUUAAUUUAAAAUGUAUAGUCAAUAAUAUACAUUAGAAAAGAAGCUCAGCAAGUAUGCUUCUAGGAAAGUCACUCCAGAGUUCAGGAAACAAACUGAAGAGAUGAAAGUCAUGGAAUAACCCAUGUUACAACUGUUCAAGACUAUUUGUGUCUUUUUUUGGAAACCAUGCUAGAGGCAAUGAACCCUUCUGGAAUUAAUGGUGCCUGUAGUUUACUUCCUUAUUUUGAAGGUGCAGUAGAGCAAACAGGCCUAGAUUUUUAAGGGUGACCCAAACUUAUCCAAUCCUCUGCUUGCUAUCCUCAGAGUGAAAAAAAAAAACAAAAAAAAAAACCCAAAACCAAGCAAAAACCACCAAUACAAAACUAACAGAAAACUUCUUGUGUAACAAGAGAUAUGUCUUUGCAUGAAGGUUAAGAUGGCUAUUCAUCUUUAAGUGUAUUAUAACAAAAAAAGAAACUCUACACGGUUCUGUUGUAAAGAUUUUUGUAAAUAAGUGGCUGAAAUAAAACAUUGUUAUCUUAAUGUUUCAAAGCCAAAUGUAAGUUGAUUGUAUUUGCCUUCCGUUUCGGGAUACGCAAAAAGUCAAUCUUUAGUAACUUCGGACUUAAAUGUUGGUUCUGAACAUGUGGAGCUCAACAAGGAACUCUGGAGACUGAUGUGCACUCCUUCCUGUUCUCCUUGAGUGAUGUUACACAUGGAUCCGGAUGAGAAUGUAGCCCCUUGUCUCUUAACAUGAAAAUUUUGUGAAAUACCCUUAGUUCACAGAAAAAAGCAUUUGGUUAAGGUGCUGACGUGAACCCUGUGAAAUGUAUCUUAUCAAGAUUCGAAUCUUUGGUUUUAAAUAGUUUGAAGCUAAGGUUUCUUUGUUUACUCUGGAACUACAAAUUUACUUUUAUUUUUUACAGUAAUAAAAUGAAAACUUAAAGUUCUGUGUAUGUGAGUCUCUGGGGAGAAAACUGAGCUAAUGGAGCUAACUGAAGAUCAAGUGCCAAUUUCUGUAUGUUUUGUAACUUGUUGUUUGGGUUGUCAUCAAACUUCUAUCAGUCACGUCAACAACUUUGAUAUUACAGAGAAUCUUAGCUAACCUGGAAUUGGUGUCUCCUACUAAUGGAAGGGUCACAUUUCUGCUUCCAUUGGAAUGUUAAACAUUGUGUACUUUCGAUAGAUGUAGUUAAGACCUAACAAAACAUGAUAAUUAAGUAUAUUGUAUUUGUGCACGCUUUGGGGGUUUCUACUGUGUUUAAUUUUCUUAUCCCUUAAAUAUAGUCACCCACCUGGACAUGUUCCUAUGCGACCUGAUCUAGGUGAACCUGCUUCUGCAGGGGGGUUGGACUAGAUCUCUAAAAGUCCCUUCCAACCCCUACCAUUCUAUGAAAAAAACCCAAAAUGCAAUAGUAGCAUUUCAAGUAGCUAUAUAGUCUUAAAGGUCUGGGGUUUGGUUGAUGUGGGGUUUUUUUUCUUUAUUAUGCAGUUAAAAUUGGUAUUUUUCAAAAUAACUUCCAAGUUAAAAAAUCCUCAUACAGCAAUCCUACUGGAAUUUGCUGUAAAGUUUAUUUGUGUAAGAUGUUUUAUUUUCAUGCAACUGUAUAAAUAGCCACAAUCUACUAUUUCCAAUAUUUAAUUUGCUUCCUUUUCAAAUAGGCACAAAAAGAUUCCAUGAAAAAUACCAUUAUAUGUACAAUGAACAACAUCUGGAAAAUUGGUGGGUUUUUAAAUGACAAAAAAAUGGUUCUAUUUGCCUGAGGGCAAGCGUGUUGUAGUUUACAGACAGGAUUAAAUGGCUUGUGGCUUCUACCUCAAGAGAUAAACCAAUUUUAACUGCUCCCGUAGGUCUGUUAUGUGUUAAAGAGACUAGACAAUAACACUACAGCAGUUUAGCAAACUUGUCUUUUUUGUGCUUUGGUAGAGCACUGGUCUGUACUGUGGGAAUCAAGUACUGUUUAAAACAGAUAGUUCAUUUAUAUUGUAAGUCAGCUACCUGAAGACUUUUUUGUUGUUGUUUUGGGGAAAGUGAUGUGAUGGGAAAUGUAGAUUGCACCACCUGAUGGAGCACUGACUGAAAGCAAAUUGCUUGGUAAACUGGAGUACCUUCAUCAACAAGAAAGCUGACAUACCUUUCAGAGAUGAUGUGUUGCUGUGUGUAAUCUUUCAGCCCUCUGAGAUGCAAGGAUGUAGGCAGUUCAUCUCGCUUCAUUUUAAUUCAUUGUUCUAAAUAAAAAGUCAAUUUUUCUCACCUGUGAACUGUUGUGAAAAGCAUCUGAGGGAACAAAAUUGUCUGUUGAAUUUAGCAUAUCCCUCAAGGUAAUGUUGUCUGAGAGAGCUUUGCCAAAAUAAAUGUGGGUGGCAGCAAUGGUCAAAAUGACUUAGCCUUAAAGUGUUUCUGUCAUUGUAAAAAUAUCUUUAACAGAAACAUACUUGGAACAUUUUCCUUUUAAAUGUAAUUUAUAAUUGCUGCUUUAAAAAUUGAAAGGAUGGAUCUUAUUCUGAGCAAAUGAAUACUGUAAAUAUCCUUGUUAUACCUUGAA